AUGACAGACGAGACUGUUCAACCGACACAAUCCGCUCCAAGGCAGGAUUCUGCUGCGCCAAACGUAUCAGGCGAUGAUCAGCAGCAACAGCGUGGCUAUAAUAACUACAACCAAGGUAGUAAUUACAACCAAAAGAAGCCUUACAAUAGCAACAGACCUCACCAGCAAAGAGGUGGUAAGUUUGGCCCAAAUAGAUAUAAUAGCCGUGGCAACUAUAGUGGCACUGGUAGUUAUAGAGGUGGGCACAUGGGUGCCAACGGGUCCAACAGUUCCAACGGUUCCAACGGUUCCAACGCGCCAUGGACCGGCUACUACAAUAACUACCCUGCCUAUUAUCAACCACAGCAAAUGGGAGCCGCAAAUGCUAUUCCUGUCAACGCUGUUCCAGCCGAUGAGAAUUCCUCUCCUGUCCCAACCAAGAUUGAGAUCACUACCAAGUCUGGUGAACAUUUGGAUUUAAAGGAGCAAUAUAAAGCUAAACUGCAGUCUAAGGAAGGAUCUACCACACCUGCACAAUCAGAUUCUAAAAGUGAAAAAUCAGAAGAAACCUCUGAUUCCACUACCACUGCUACUCCUACUCCUUCCACCACUGAUUCUAAAGCCAGUCCUGAAGAAACUAUCUCUGAAGCUGAAARGACGAGAAGAAACUUCAUUGAACAAGUCAGACUUCGUAAGGCUGCUUUAGAAAAGAAGAGAAAGGAACAGCUCGAAGGUGCCAGUACCAGCAGUAAUGCUCCAACCGGAACCACAGCUGAAAAGGUUGAAGAAAAGGCACCAACCACAUCCAAGGAAGCUGAAGAAACUAAGCCUGCCGAAGAGAAACCUGCCGAACCAGAAGCUAAGGAAGACACCCCAGUCGAAGGUAAGCAAGAAGAACAAGGUCAAAAAGAGGAAGAGUCUGCUCCAAAGGUAUUGACUUUUGCCGAACGUUUGAAGUUGAAGAAGCAACAGAAGGAACAAGAAGAAAAGGAUGAAGAAAAGGAAAACAAAGAAGAACCAGUACAGGAAGAAAGCGAGUUCCCUACAAAUCCUUCUACUGAACACAAUACAAAAGAAAGUGUAGUCACCGAAGGUGAAGAGUCAAAGGUUGAAGAAUCUGCCGAAAUCUCUGAGGCACCUGCCGCUAGCUCAGCCAACCCUGCAGAGGCCGAUGACGCAGCAGCAGAAGCAGAAGCCGAUGAAGCAGAAGCCGAUGGCACUGAAGCCAAUGGUGAAACCGAAGUCGCUGCUGCUGAAGCCGAUGACGGCACAAAUACCGUUUCUCACAUACUGAACGUAUUGAAAGACGCCAAACCUAUUGAAGAUGUCUUUUCUUUCAACUAUCCAGAGGGUAUUGAAGGUCCAGAUAUCAAGUAUAAAAAGGAACAUGUCAAAUACACAUAUGGCCCAACUUUUUUGCUUCAAUUCAAGGAGAAGCUGAACGUUAAGGCAGACGCUGAAUGGGUUCAAAGCACUUCCUCCAAAAUUGUCAUUCCACCAGGAAUGGGAAGAGGAAGUAAAUCGAGAGACCCUAGUAGAUUCGGCAACAACUCUAGCCGUGGCAACGAAUUCAGAAACAACUCCGUGAGAAAUAUGGACGACAGAGCCAAUUCAAGGGCUUCAUCAAAGAGAAGGUCAAAGAGAACGACUGACGACAGAAGAUCUAAUAGAUCGUACACAUCAAGAAGAGACCGUGAAAGAGGUUCUUACAGAAAUGAAGAUAGGAGAGAAGAUGACAAACCAAAGGAAGAUGUUGCUCCAUUGGUCCCAAGUGCUAAUAGAUGGAUUCCAAAAUCAAAGGUUAAGAAGACUGAAAAGAAAUUGGCUCCUGAUGGAGAGACCGAAUUAUUAGACAAGGAUGAAGUUGAAAGAAAGAUGAAGUCUCUACUGAAUAAACUUACAUUAGAAAUGUUUGACACCAUUUCAUCUGAAAUUUUAGCUAUUGCUAACAUAUCUGUAUGGGAAACAAAUGGUGAAACCCUAAAGGCUGUGAUAGAACAAAUUUUCUUAAAGGCUUGUGACGAACCCCAUUGGUCUUCUAUGUAUGCUCAGUUAUGUGGUAAGGUUGUUAAAGAAUUAAAUCCAGACAUUUCAGACGAAACUAAUGAAGGCAAGACCGGUCCAAAAUUGGUCUUACAUUACUUGGUUGCUAGAUGUCAUGCAGAAUUCGACAAGGGUUGGACCGAUAAAUUACCAACAAAGGAAGAUGGUACUCCAUUAGAACCCGAGAUGAUGUCUGAAGAAUAUUAUGCCACUGCCUCCGCGAAGAGAAGAGGUUUAGGUUUAGUUCGUUUCAUCGGUUUCUUGUACCGUUUGAACUUAUUAACCGGUAAGAUGAUGUUCGAAUGUUUCCGUAGAUUGAUGAAGGAUUUGACUGACUCUCCAUCCGAAGAAACCCUAGAGUCAGUUGUUGAAUUGUUGAAUACUGUUGGUGAACAAUUCGAAACGGAUAGUUUCAGAACAGGCCAAGCCACAUUGGAAGGUUCCCAAUUACUCGAUAGUUUAUUCGGUAUAUUAGACAAUAUAAUCGAAACUGCUGAGAUUUCUAGUAGAAUCAAAUUUAAAUUGAUUGACAUUAAGGAAUUGAGACACGACAAAAACUGGAAUAGCGACAAGAAAGACAAUGGUCCAAAGACUAUCCAACAAAUUCAUGAAGAAGAAGAGAGACAACGUCAACUAAAGAGCAACUCAAGAUCGAAUUCGAGACGUACGAAUAAUUCUAGCAAUAGACAUUCUUACAGAAGAGACGCCCCUCCUGCAUCAAAGGAUAGCUUUAUUACAACCAGAACAUAUUCUCAAAGAAACACUCAAAGGGCUCCACCUCCAAAAGAAGAACCCUCUGCACCAACUUCCACUGCCACAAAUAUGUUUAGUGCAUUAAUGGGCGAAAGUGAUGACGAAGAAUAA